GUGUAUCAUCGUUUGUACAUUGGGUGUGGAACGAUUAUUCGGAUUUAGAAAGCUAGCACUUCCAGCGGAAUCAUCAUAGAAAAACUAUGGAAAUUUUUAUGACUCACAAAAAUUGUGCGAUAACAGAAACUAAACAUUGCUCUUUGAUUUUACGCCUGCUGUGUUUUACAAUACUGUGGUAGCACGGACGGGAAGGAAAGGGCGAAGCUGCCUGCUGACGUAAUGGAUAUUGCGGGGAUAUUCUUUACUACUUAAGGUUACUGGUUUUCUGGUGGAAGUACUGUUAAAGUAAGACUUAAUUUUUCUAAUGUAUGGCGACGUUCAUUUGUGGCUACUGGGACUACAGUCUCGACCGAAUGAAACUCUUAUAAAUAAAUAAACCACGCAACGGGAAGGUGCAGUGAAAUUGCAUCUCGUAACUGUGCUCAUGAUUGUGAGGUUAUUUUUUGUUUUUGUAGCAUUUAAUGACAGAAAUGCCAUGUUGUUGUGUUUUUAUUCGAAGAAGUGUAUUUCGUGAAUUUCUGUGACGUAAUGAAGCUAAAAUGAAGAGCUCGAAUUUGGGAGAAGAAUGACCGUGAUAAAUGAAAGCAGAACCAAAGCAUUCAAAGAAAGAUAUGGCACCUGAAAAUCUUUAUUGAAAGUUACCUUUCAGUAAUUUUACGUAUGUGGAGAAUAUUUGUGGAGUAGCACCAGUUACCGUUGACAAGACUCCUGAAUGGCCAACUGAUUUUUUUUUCUUUUUGUGGGACGUAGCAAAUGAAGGUCGUCAUGACCAGCAGUAAUCAGUUAAUUGACUCCUGUUUGUUGAAAAUGCAAGCUUCCAUUACUACUGUACGUGAAGGAAAAGUGUAACACUGAAGCAGCCUGUGGCCACGUGAUGGGGGAAAGGAGAGUUCUACAGGAGAAAACGCCAGACAUGCUACAGUAUACUGGUCAACCAGAAUUACAUCAGGGAAACUCUUAUUCACUUGAUAUGACAUACCAUCCAACAAAUGGCCACCAGGAUAAUCACUCACCUAAUUCUUCUCACCUGUCUGUUCAGAGUGGAGAUGGAGCAACUCUUGUGUCUCGUACUCAGAAGCAACAAACUACACAGCAGGUUACUACUUUAACGAAAGUUGUUAGAGAAGUUCAUCAUGUUGGACCUGAUGGUCAGCAAGUUGAUUAUGUUGGUCUUCCAUAUUCAGGAGCUGGAGUUGUACCACCUACAGCUACACCUUCGAAUUAUCCUCCUUUCACCAAUUAUGAGCUAUUGACAGGGCAGGAAGGCUAUCCUCCCAUGGACCCAGCACGGAGGUAUCCAGAUGCUUAUCAUCCGAGUUACCAGGAUUAUGAGCAAUAUCCUCCGCAGCCUGAAUACCCAUACCAAAACCCAGCAUAUCCAGGUGGCUUUGCACCGUAUGGUGAUGCUUCCAACUAUGUGGAACAGCCAGGUUACGUUGAACGGCCAACAACACCACCCAGUCCAAGUGAAAGAAGUGAAUCGCCACCUUUGCAGCAGUCUCUUCAGCAUGAUUAUUUGCGGAAAGGAGCUCCUUAUUCCCAAGCGGGGUACGAUGAACUGGACUCUGCAUUAAUGCCUGGUCGUCAGGAACAUUACCGAAUAACGCCUUCGCCUGGUGCACCUGUAGAUAGAUAUGAUCACAUUUCUCAUCCCUGGAACAUUGAUGAAUCAGGUGAACCAUCUCAAUUAACACAUGGAGAAGAUCCGAAACUGGUUUAUGGAUACCCACCAUCUCCAUAUGGCACUGUACCAGCAGCUUAUGGCACUAAUGGUGCAGACCCUAGAGUGUAUGAAGAGAAUGGUGCUGUUCCAAGAACAAUUUUUGAAGAUGAAGAAGAAUUGAGGAAACACUUGUCAAUGCAUCCUGCAAUCCCUUCACCUUCAAUUGAUGAUGACCAGAGAGGCAUGCGAUGGCGGGAUCCUAAUCUGACUGAAGUUAUUGGAUUCCUCAAUAAUCCAAAUAAUGUAAUAAAAGCUAAUGCAGCUGCAUACCUCCAGCAUUUAUGCUACAUGGAUGACCCAAAUAAGCAAAAGACAAGAUCAUUAGGUGGCAUCCCACCCUUAGUUUCACUGCUUUCACAUGAGAGUCCAGAUGUGUACAGAAAUGCAUGCGGAGCCUUACGGAAUCUCUCAUAUGGAAGGCAGAAUGAUGAAAACAAAAGAGCUAUUAAAAAUGCUGGAGGGAUACCUUCAUUAAUUAAUUUGUUACAGAAGUCAUCAGAUUCUGAAGUAAAAGAACUGGUGACUGGAGUUCUGUGGAAUUUGUCCUCAUGCGAGGACCUAAAAAGAUCAAUAAUAGAUGAUGGCCUUGCAGUGAUUGUGAACCAUGUUAUUAUCCCUCAUUCCGGCUGGGAUUCCACAUCAUCUGGUGAAACAUGUUGGUCAACAAUAUUCAGGAAUGCAUCAGGAGUUUUGCGGAAUGUUAGUUCUGCAGGAGAGUAUGCGAGGAAAAAACUGAGAGAAUGUGAUGGUUUAGUUGACUCCUUGUUGUAUGUUGUGAGGUCGGCGAUUGAAAAAUCAAACAUUGGUAACAAAAGUGUUGAAAACUGUGUAUGUGUGUUGAGAAACUUAUCCUAUAGAUGCCAAGAAGUGGAAGAUCCUCAUUAUGAUAAGCAUCCUGUUCCAACGCAAAGCAGAGUUGGUGCACAGCAGAAAGGUGACAAUUUGGGCUGCUUUGGUGCAAGCAAAAAGAAAAAAGACGCACAGCCCAUUCAACAGAAGGAAACAGCUGCAAGCAGCCGAAGCACAAAUCAACGACUAGAACCUGUCAAAGGAAUGGAACUUCUUUGGCAGCCUGAAGUUGUUCAGUCUUACCUCUCUCUCUUGCAAAGCUGCUCGAAUCCAGAAACGUUGGAGGCAGCUGCAGGUGCGCUGCAAAACCUUGCUGCGUGUUAUUGGCAACCAAGUAUUGAAAUAAGAGCAGCAGUGAGGAAAGAAAAGGGUCUUCCAAUUCUGGUUGAGCUUCUGCGAAUGGAAGUUGACCGGGUUGUCUGUGCUGUAGCAACAGCUCUGAGAAAUUUGGCCAUUGACCAGCGGAACAAGGAACUGAUAGGGAAGUAUGCUAUGCGAGAUCUUGUACAGAAAUUACCGUCCGGAAAUCCACAGCAUGAUCAGGGAACAUCAGAUGAUACCAUUGCCGCUGUACUUGCAACAUUGAAUGAAGUAAUAAAGAAGAAUGCAGAAUUCUCUAGGUCAUUGCUGGAAGCUGGUGGUGUGGAACGCUUGAUGAAUAUAACAAGACAACGUCAGAAGUAUACACCGAGGGUCCUGAAGUUUGCUGGUCAAGUUCUUUUCACUAUGUGGCAACAUCAAGAACUUAGAGAGGUUUACAAGAAACAUGGUUGGAAAGAGCAGGAUUUUGUUACCAAAACAAUAGCUGCUCGAAAUGCUGGACCUAAUUCUCCAAAUAAUGCUAACAGCACACUGAAUCGACCAAUGGCUAGCCAGGGAGGAACACGGUAUGAAGACAGGACGAUGCAGCGCCCAACAAAUGUAAACAGUACAUCUCGCAGUCCUGGCCCGCCCAUGUACCAGCAGGGUGAUGAGAUUCCAAUGGCAGAUAUGUCAUACCCUGAAGGAGGGACGCAUGCCCCACCCCCAGGAGGAGUCCGUACUUACCCUGCCGCUCCUUUAGCCAAACCAGGUGAACCCUUAUAUGCCCAAGUCAACCGUGAGAAAAAGAAAAAUCGUCAGUAUGAAUCUGGAGGUUCACAACCACAGUAUGAUGGUCCUCCUGGGCCUGGAGAUAUGUGGGGAUAUGAAGAACCUGGAAAAGGUGUUGUUAUGGACAGCCAUACUGAGAAUCCGACUGGUGGUGACUCAUGGGUGUGAAGUUGUUGUUGUGUUUUGAUUGGUGUUGUGCAUUAGAUUUAUGGUACAUGUGACCACUCACUGGUCUCCUUUUGUAUGUACAGUAGUGUGCAUAUGUCAUCACAGCUACAUAUAUUAUGUGAAAGUGGAUGUGUAUCCACACACUAUUGCUGAAAUAUGUGUAAAUAACUGUCUUAAUAGUGAACAGUAAUAUUUAAAUUACUCCAAAUCUCCAAAAAAAUGAAAAAAAUUGUUGUGAGAAUAAGACGUGUGACAAUUUUUUGUCUGCUGUGUGGAUAUUGCAACUCGACUAUUGUUCUCAGGUCCUGAGCUAUUCAAAACAAAGAACACUGUAGGACAGAGAGAUUCAAAUUUUAACAGGCAUUCCACUUGGAUAAUUGUUCGUGUUGACUGAAAGAAGUCCCACCUUGUGCUAAAAAGUUUACAGGGAGUGUUUAAAACAUCCGGAUAACUCUUUGAGUAGUUAGCUGCUCUUUUUUUUUUUUUUCUUCUCCCCCCUCAGUGGAAAAGUUACAUGAUGUAUGUCACGUGCUGUUUCCAGUGCAUUAGUUAAGUGUUAAUGUUUGAUAAAUGCUGUUCAGUUGAAAAUUUUGUAUGUUUUGUUUGUUACUGUUUUAUUUGUUUAAUUACAUAAUGCUGGAAUUUCACUUAUGUGGAAUUUUAUGUGAACUUUUGUUCUGCAUUAUUAUGUUUAAAUUUAAUUUGAUUACAUUUCUAUGACACAGAACUGAUUUAAAUGUGUGAAUGUUGUUUCCUUUUUAGUGUAAGAUGAGGUGUUAUAAAAUGCCUAAAAGUUGACAUGUUGUUGCAAAUUAAAAUGAGUUUAUUUGUAGAAAAUGAAAACAAGUAGUGAUCAUCAUGUACUAAAGGUCAAGACAAGAUGUUGACUUAGUGAUUGAGCACAAUUCUGUAAUGUUUUCUAAGUUUGCAAUUUGGUUUGUUUAACUGUGUACAUGAAUGGACAAUGAGAGCUAAAUAUAUGCAGAAUUAAGUUCCCCUAAAUAAUAUAGUGUUACACAGUAAUAUGACUUUAGUUUCAAGUCUUGCAGGUUUUGUUCCAAAUUUAAAAUUAAUACGGCCAUUAGCCAGGUGCAACUGCCGUAAAUCACAGAAUUAUUCUGCUUUCAGCCAAUGCUGUUUGUAGUAAAGGAUGUGUGUAGAUAUGAUAGACUCAAAGGUAUACAUGUUCAUUUAUGCACACAACAGACUGAUAUACUACAUGUAAUACAUAUUAAGAGAUGUUUAGUAAUAUGUUAUGUUAUAAAUUUAACAGAGAAAUGGUAUAAAGGAGUUUAUAAUAGGCAAGCACAGAUAUCUAUAGAAAAAUAAUUGUUACAAAAUCUUAUUUAUUUGAACUUUGUUAGCAAGUAUUUAUAUUUUUAAUCUAUUUUUAAAUUAAACUUAUAAUAUUACUGAUAAAGUAUCAUUCCGUUUAUUUCACAUGCUUUUUGUUUUCUGUGCCAAUGUUGAGCUGUAACAGAAAAUAACUAAGCAUGUGCUUGCAUACAGGCACAUAUUAUGUACACAUUGGUAAAAGAAUUUGUGUGUUUAUUAAAGAUUUGUGUACAUGAGACACACACACACACACACACACACACACACACACACACAGAGAGAGAGAGAGAGAGAGAGAGAGAGAGAGAGAGAGAGAGAGGAGAGGGGGGGGGGGGGGGGGGCCUCUGAUUAAUGAGUGUUUAAGUAGAUCAGCACUUGCAAUAAUUUUGUGUGGGUGUCACUGUGGGGAAGGGCAGUGUGCGUGCAUGACAAUGUGUGUGGGUGAGAGUGCGUGCAUGUGUCCAACUGAGUGCACGUGCUACAUAACUCAAACAGUACUGUGCAGAUAUAGCAAUUAUAAUCAUGUGUCUUAUAUUUGAUAUCAUAAUGUGUGAGAGACCCUGAUGGGAGGUGAUCCUCUGUGUGAACUAGCCAUAUGUGUCUUUUGCUUCUUAGGCCUCAAAAUCAGGAAGUAAAUUUCAAUUUCAGAUGUUGAGUUACAAAGAAACUUUAUUAUUGUGGCAAAAUCUGUCCAGAUUACAAAAUGUUAAAGUUCUUGCAGCUUCGAAGUGCUCAAACCAUGUUUUUAAGUAAUUUUCACAGCAUUUUGGCCUUGCUACUUUUAAUCGGGACAGUUACAAAACUUACCUCCUGUCAGAUUUCAGAAUAUUUCCACAAAUACCAUUAUAAACCUAGAGUGAGAUAUAUAUAUAUAUAUAAAUAAAUAAAUAUAUAUAUAUAUAUAUAAAUAUAUAUAUUAGAUGAGAUUCUAACAUUCCAGCUAUUAUAUAAAAUCGUAUACCUAUAGAAAUAAUAUACAUUAAAUAGAAUUUUAUAUUCUUUUAGUGCCAAGUAUGAAUGUAAAACUUUUUUAACUCAUGUAAGAUAACUUUUUAAUUUUAUGAAAAGUUGAUACGGUUAUCCAUAGAUAAAUUAGAAGACAGCUUUACUUAGGAUUCCUAUGGCCAUGUAUCGUCACAUUUUAUUCAUUUAACUGUAUCAGACGUGUGUAGAUUUUUGACAUUGGGUGGUUAAUUUUUCCUGGACUUUAUAUACACAUUUGUAUAUUCAACAUGGCAUUUUAUUGGCACAAUUAAAUAUUAACUUUUUUGCAAAAUGACUGUCUGUAUUAUAAGUUAUCACAAGGAACAGCAAGUAAGUCGAUUAAUCCACUUUGUGUGUUCAGACAACUGUUGAGUCGAAACAGAAGUUUAAACUUUUGAUAAGGAUUCCUCUAGAAAACUGUAUACUGAAUCUGAAACUGUAGACAUUCAUCCCUUUGUAUUAACCUUCCUUCAGCAUCAGGUAACAGUGAGAUAAAACUGGUGAAUCCAGAACCCCUUGUUGCUAUGUAUACCCUUUAAAGUUCUGUAAACCCUCAUUCCCUAAGCAUUGUGUGGACCAUGUAAGCCUUAAAAGUGUGGUCAGGCACAGUGUAGAGAACUUCCACCUAGGAAUACACAACAACUUUUUCUUUUUAAACUCCAGACUUCAGUAUAUAAAUGUUGCAACAUGAAAGUUACAAUGGCACUAUACAUAAAACAGUUUCUGUCAGACUUUGAAUUGUUUGUUUAUUUAUUUAUUUAUUUAUUUUUUUAAAAAAUUGACUGGUUCAGAGAAGGUUUAAAAGAUUGUGUACUCAUUUCAGAAGACAACCUCUAUGCACUUCGUAACUGUAACAUGCUGUUACACCUCAGUUCAGUGAAGCAUGCGCUGAAUGCCCAAUGUAUUUUUUAUACAUGCUAAAUAUAUUUGUAGUAACUUGUU